GUGACUGGAAACCUAAGGCUGUGCCCUACACGGCCAUUCUACGCUCGUGUGCAGAGACCUGUAGCUAAGAAGCUGCCAAGAGGCAGUAUCUAUCAUCAAAGGGCUAACGAGCCACCUUUCGUGGUUGUGGCAGCUUCCGCAACAAACCCCUUAGGAGCCUGGUUGGGGUUCCUCGAAAACUUCCGGGCGAACUCCGCGGUCCUUCUUCCUUUCUUCAACCCGCAGACUGCGCGCGGGCUGGCCUCGAUUCCAACCAGCCACGCUGGGCACGCUCGGUGUUCGCUUGGAAUCUUUUAACCUGCCGUCGCACCUCUCGAGCCCUGUCUACAGCGAUGGCUCCGACUCUCCGCUCCUCUUCCUCCCGUAUUCACUCCCGACCCACCACACCAUCUGAUGCGCCGAUCAUGGCGAGUACAAAUACUUCCGUCCCCGAGUCUACAAGGCCCAGCAAACAGCGGCGCACGGGCAGGAACACUCGCGAGACCACCGACCCCCCACAGAACGCGCCGGAGCAGCAAGACAAUGGAGGCAAAGACUGGGCUGAGCCCCCUGCUAGAGUGCCGGCCCCUAGUUAUGUGGAUAGCCCAUGGUCAGGUCACUGUGACAGUCGCAACCCGGUUCUGAGCACAAUGCGCCCAUUGGGGGCUCGCCCCUCGCCGGCCGACUUGCGGAAGGUCGGCUUGAUGCCCAAGCCUGUUGCACCCAUAAUACCUGCCAAAAGACGGUCUGGCGUCGAGUCCAACGAGCCCGCCCCACAAAAGCCCAAGCCGCUCAUCGAUAUUUCGGCUUUUGGGACAAUCCCCAUACCCACUUCGGCGGACAUCAACGUGGAGAAGCUCAAAGUGGCUGUCAGAGAGGCCCUGCGCCUGGCAAUAGAGACCGACAACCGUCCAGUAAGUCGCGGGCUCCUACGCCUGUGGGAAUCAAGUGGCAGUGAUCCCUUCUUGCUAUCUGUGUUAGAGGGUGUAUGCCAAGGAAAUCCUGGCUCGCGCGAGAAGUCAGCGUUUCAGAGCGUCAUGCGGGCCGCCUGGGAUGAAAUCAAAGCAGAAGAGGCUCUGGCGCAGGCAGAAGAAGAAAAAGAAGAAGAAGAAGCAGAGGUCGAUUCAAUGCCAACUGUGCCUCGUGCUCGGUCAGCUAGUAGCGUAUCAUCCUUAUCUUCGUUGAAUACAUUCGAGGACGCCGAUGCAAAUGGGGUCUCGGCACAGCUCUCUGAGUUGGCCCCUGGAUUGAAGGCUUCCCACGCAAAGGGCAAACACACCCGCUCUGCGGGCAUCCACAAAGGCGCAACAGAUCUCACAGCUCGCCAUUCCAUGCCCCCAAUCACGGUCAGCUCCCAGCUGAAACAUGCUUUGGAAGAGGACGAUACACGGUCCGAAGAGCUAGACAGGAUAGACAGGGUCAAACGAAUCAAACUCCAAACCCCACUGCCAACCAUCGUGCCCCCUGAAAGUCAAGUCAGGCCUUCGCAUCCAACUGAUAUUCCAACCCCAGUCCGCUCACCCACUCCACCUUUUGUGCACCCUUCGGCACCAACACCUCCUCCAGCUCCUUCAGCUGCUCCCGCCACCUCAGCCGCUUCGGUUCUACUAGGCCCUUCCACAGCCUCUUCAGGAGAGAAUGCAGAAAGCCUUCCUGAGAGCCGAGCUAGUAGUGAAGCUGGUGACAAUCGUCGACUCACGCCGACCAUGGGUGAUGAUAGCGAGUCCGAAGAGGAAAGACCUGACAACGAUGAGGUCUGCCAUGAGUGCAACAACAUAGGCAAUCUUCUUUGCUGUGAUGGUUGUACUAACUCAUAUCACUUCUCAUGCCUGAAGCCCCCACUAGAUCCAAAUAACCCUCCGGAGGGGGAUUGGUAUUGCCCCAAGUGUGCCAUGAGACGGUCAUUUCGCUCUCUGAGUAGCAAAUUUGAUCAACGUUUUGGCAAGAAGGAAGUCAGGGAUUUUCAACUUCCAGCACGUAUCCGGGAUCAUUUCACUGGUGUCAGGGUGAACAAGAAGGACGGUCAAUCAUACGAGGCCAUAGUCCCCAUGCCGAAGCCGAAGGGGCGACGAGGUUACCGCAGCGGCACCUACGACGAUUCGCAUCUUUUCAGAACCGCGGACGCGCUAGGAGCGCCCAUCUUCUGUUUCGCAUGUGCAGGCAGUGCCGCUAGCGGGCGGCCUGUUAUGCAGUGCGAUGUUUGCCCUCUCGGUUGGCACAUGGACUGUCUCGAUCCGCCUAUGGCCGCGCCCCCAGCCCAGGUCCCAGGCAGUGAUCUUGCGUAUCACAACUGGAUUUGCCCAAACCAUGCAUGGCAUGAUUACGUCUACGUGAUCAAGGACGAAGAAGGCUAUGAUGUUCACAGGCGCAUUCGCCGUCCAAAGCACCCUCGGAUGGUCGACAUAGACGUUCUCCUCUCCGAUGACGAAGUCACCCAACUGGAAGAGCAGGAAGAAGGCAGCAUUCGGUACCGCGUGUCAGAGCAUGGACUCAAACACACAUUUAUCACCCAAGUUAAAAGGCCAGUAAACCCUACAGGCUGUCCUCCGGCUACCCAUACUGACUCCGCGGACAGGGAAAAUGAGGAGUAUAAAUUGCUGAAAGCCAAUGCGAACAAAUUCCUUCAGCAGGCAAACGCAGACUUCGCCAAGAUCAUGUCAGGCGCCCGCGCUGCCUUCCCAACGCAAACACCCUCGGUGGCCGACGAGCCUGCAAGCAUCACGAUUUCAAACUCUCGCACGGCUGCCGAACGCCAGGCUGCAGUCAAUCUUGUCGAAUUUGCUCAGCGGGAGCACAUCGGCCCUCCAGAUGUCAGUGACAGGAUGAGCUUGCUCAUCGAUCAACUCCGUGCCAACGCUCCAGAAAUUCGUCCCUCAGCAGAGACGGAGGUGGCGUCAUUACAAGCCCUGAAGGCUCUCAUAGACCGGCGCAUCCAGGACUUGUCGGCUCAAUCUCAACAGUCAUAA